AUGAAUAGGGAUCAUGGAAUGACGCGCAAAUCUCUUCCGAGCUGUCUUUCACAUGAUGGAGUAUAUAUUAUUCUACUUUAUGCAGAUUUUUGCUCAUCUCAUCCUUGAUUAUUUCCUUUCAGUUGAUCGGAAAGUUAGUCCAAAUAACCAGCCAAGAGAAGAGCACCCCCAGCUGGCUGGAGAAUGAACACAAGAAGUUUGUGAGGUUCAUAACCAUCGUGGCACUGUGCAUUUCCACCGUCACUUUCUGUGUGGGACUGGCCAUAAAAGGAGAUCAGCAUCUAAUUAAUACCUUCAUCAAUGGAUUCCUAAUUGUAGUUGUGGCCAGUGUCCCUCAAGGUGAGUAGAACAGCAAUUUCUCUCUUCUUUUCAGGGCAUCUGUAGCCCUACCAUAAUAUUAAAAUAAAAAUAAAAUUCAUUUAAUGUCAAUGUAGACCUAUUAUAAUAUUAUGUAUAAUUCUAGGUCUUCCGGUGACUCUGACCUCUCAAUUGAUCAUCGUUGCUCGUCGAUUGACUAAGAUUGGCAUGUUCCUUAAAAGGGUUGAUGUGGCUGAUACCCUCGGGCUAACUUCUGUACUGCUAACGGAUAAAAGUGGGAUAUUGACCUCAAAUCAGAUGAAAGUGGUGGAUCUAUGGUUUGAAGAGGAGUUGUUCGGUGUGAGUGACCUCAAUUCAUCCAAAGACACCGAUUCCAAAAAGCUGAUGAACAAUCAAUGCUUUAAAAGAGUCUUGGAAGUGAUCAGCGUGUGUGAUCGGGCUCAGAUCCGGUCGCCUAAAAGAAGGAAAAUUAAACAGGAUCAGGAAUGCAUGACACCAAAAUGGUCAACAAACAGCAAGCCUGUAAGUCUUACAAUGCGUGUUGUAAGUAAUUAGCAGGUCUGUGUCCCUCUUCAUCACACAACUUCUCUUCGACAAAAAAGUAUGGUCGGAAAAGCGACCGAUGUGGCUUUGGUCAAGUUUGUGGAGCAGAUCAUCCCAGUUCAUGAUCUCCGAGAAGGUUUUGAUAUUGUCUACGAGCUCCCAUUCUCUGCUCAAAGGAGAUUCCAGUUGGUGAUUGCCAGAGAAAAGAAGAUCUACGACAGCGACAAUGAAAGUGACACCAGCAGCGACAGCGGAAAUCAGAUGGCCAGGUUCGUUUUGAUGGUCAAAGGAGCGCCCGAGGAAUUGAUUAGGAAUUGCAGUACGGUCAGGACAAAGAAGGACACUGAGACUCUGGAUGGGGAGAAGAUCUUGGAGUUUGAGGUAAGAGAUCGACAAGGAAAAAAAUUGCGAACUUCCCUUAGAAGGAGAGACUUGACUCGAUGUGGGGAAACAGUUGACACUUCUCGCAAUCUUGUGCUAUUUGCGGAGAUUUCUGCUCGCCCAGAUAAUUUCCCUAUUCUUGUAUUGUUUCUUAUUUAGUUUUCUUUCUUGCAGGACAUCUACAGCCGCUUAGCGUCAGGUGGCAAGAGCUGCAUUGCCUUUGCUGAAUUGGAAUUCCAAGAUUUCUGGGAUGCCAACUUUAUCGAUCGCCAUUCCGGAACUCCCUUGUAUCCAGAGAAUGGCUGGUGUUUCCUCGGAAUGGCCGCAAUCUUCGAUAAACCUCUACCUGAAGUUCGAGUUGCUGUAAAUCGAGCCAAAGAAGCUGGGAUCAAGUUGUUCAUGGUAACUGGAGAUCACCCGACCACAGCUGAGGCCGUGGCCAAACAAAUUGGGUUCUUCGAUGAUGUAGAUGUGGCCAAGGGAUCGUCGGCGAGCACCUCUGGAUGUAGUUCUGCGAGUGACUGUUCGUCAAGUAUUGCUGGGAGAAAUGUGGAGAUCAUUCAUGGGGACACUCUGAAUGAUCUGACUGAAGUUGAAUGGAAGAAAUUAUUGAGUGAAAGACAUGUCAUCUUUGCCAGAACAACCCCAUCACAAAAACUGAUGAUCAUUGAGGUGGGUAUCUUCAAUUUUUAUGUUUGUUUUAGGUUACCGAUUAAUGAUCUUGUGCUUUUUAGCAAUGUCAUCGUCUUGGAGAAGUGGUUACCAUGACUGGAGAUGGGCUGAUGGAUGCCCGAGCUUUGAAAAAGGCUGAUACUGGCAUCGCCAUUGAUGGAGCAGGCUCGGUCUUUGCCAAGGAGGCUGCAGAUGUUGUGACCACGACUGCCGAUCUCUCCAAAAUUAUGAAUGCCAUCUCCGAGGGUCGAUUGUUAUUCGAUAAUUUGAGGAAAACAAUCGCGUACACAUUGUCGCACUUACAGCCAGAGCUGCUGCCGGUCCUGUUCUCCUUCGUAUUGGGGUUACCUUUGGGAUUGACGAGUGUUCAAGUAAGUGAAGUUAUAAGUUUCUAUUGAUAUGGGUUUAGGUAUUGACAGUUGAUCUCCUAACUGAGCUCCCUCCGUCAAUUGCGUUGAUAUUCGAGCCAGCAGAAAGAGAUAAUAUGAAGCGUCCACCAAGAAAGAAGUCUUCUCAUCUUGUUACUGGCCCGAUGCUGUGGUAUUCUUACGUAAUCGCCGGUAAUUUGAUUGGGUUGGGGUGCGUUUUGGCCUACUUUACGGUCUUCUGGCAUCAUGGCUUCUCAAUCAGCGAUGCUCUCUUCACAUCCGAUCAUCAAUGGCUUCCGGGAUCUCCAAAUAUAACAGCGUCGCAUACUGGGCAGGUUUUCGAUGGAUCCAUGCAGGUUACGGUAUGUUUUUAUAUUACACUUGACAUUAAUCUCAUGAGUAGUAUAAAUUCUGAUCUCAAUGUUGUAAACUCAUUCUUUCAGGUUCAUCAAGAAGCCUGUGCGGCCUGGCAGAUAACUUUGGUGAUGUCUCAGGUCCUCCAUUUAUGGCAAUGUUCCACUCGUCGUAUCUCCAUCUUCAGACAUGGAAUAAGAAACUGGAUUCUGGUGUUGGCAGUGCUGUUUGAAGUUGGAUUCUUGAUGUGUUUGAUCUUCAUGCCAUGGCUUCAGAGAUUAGUGGAAGUGAGACCGCCUCCGAUGAUCAUCUGGGUCUAUCCAUUCGGUGUUGGGAUCUGCUUGUUGGUGUUCAAUGAGGCCAAGAAGUAUAUAAUCAGACAGAAUAAAAACAAAAAACUGAUAAAGUUGGUCAAAUGGUAA